CGCGCGCGCGCGCGCGCUUUCUCGUAUUCUCCUCUUCCGUUUUCCUUCCUCACAUAACUCUGUAGCGCCGGCGGCGUGUUUUCUUUCAAUCUGGUCGUUUGUCGAUCUACUUCCAUGUUCACGACCCUCAGAAAACAGCGCCGGCUCUGUCCAGAAGGAAACCCUCUGCCGCCUCCCCUGAAUCUGAUCAGCAAACUGGGAGACGAUCUCCUCGUAGAGAUUCUGAUUCGCCUCCCAAACCCUAGAUACUCCUGCCGCUGCAAAGCCGUCUGCAAGCUGUGGAGAUCACUCAUCUCCGAUCCCAGCUUCAAUCGCCGUUUUAUUUCUCAUCACCGGAGUAGGUGCCAACCAACAUCUUUGUUUGUUCCCGCACACGACCCCUUGUCCAUCCUCAGCUUUCUCCCCGUGCCUGAUGAAGCUCGACCGCGUUUGAGAGCCUUCGAUUGCUUCAAGGACUUGCUUUUAUGCGGGUUUGUGGACUAUUACCUUGGCGAAUUGGGCAGAUCCUACUUGGUCUGCAAUCCGUUCACAAAGCAAUGGAUCGCCCUUCCUUUGGCCCCUAGAAAUCCAGAAAACGGGUAUGAUCGAUCUGCGGUAGUGUUAGCUUGUCAACCCCGUUGUACUAAUAGCAGUAGUAGUAGUAGUAAUUAUAAUAUUGUGCAGCAGCUAGGAGACGAACCAGAACCAGAAUCUGAAGCAGCCUUUAUUUAUUCUGAGUAUCGUUUGCGGUUGUUGCGUCUUUUAUCAAGUGGCCUGGAUGUGGUACUGGACGUGUUUUGCUCCGAGUCCGGGGAAUGGAAGCGGUUGUUUAUUAAGAACUCCAUACAGAGGCCAUGGAGCAAUGUAGUCUGGUGGAACGGGCUCUUGUUUUGGAUGCACCUUAAUCCCAAAUCCUUGCACUCGGAGCUUGCUGCGUAUAAUCCUUUCCGCCCUGAUCUACGCUCCAAUGCUAUUCACGUACCUUCUGCAUUGUGGAACCCGUUGUGCAAUGGAAGUGGGAAUCUUUCGGUCUCGCAGGGUGGUUUGCACAUAGUUCUGUUGGAAGUCGAAGGUGUACGUUACGGUUUGAGGAAUGCCUUGAGCGUUUGGAGACUGGGAAAAAAUGAUGAUGACUAUUAUUGGUGGAGCAAACAGUAUGAAUUGGUGUUGAAUAGGACAUCAUUGCUAUGGGGUCGGUAUGAACUUGAGAACUGCUUUGUGCUUGAUCUGCAUCCGGAGAGAUCGGAAAUUGUCUUCUUGAGAUACUUGGAGGAUCGUGUUUUCUCCUUCAACUUGAGGACGGGUAUGGGAAACCCUGAGCUCUUCUCUGGAAUAAGUCUGAUAAGCUAUGACCCCACUUGGAGGGCGUUCCAACCGAGAGUCUCUUGCUGGCCUACUUCUAUUCCAAGGUACGAUGACCUGCAAUGUACGUACGAUGGAAGCUACGAUUGUUGGGUUCGGAACAAAAACACUACGACAACUCUUCCCUCGACAAUUGAAAAAUGCCAGCCCUUGGCUGAACAGUCAGGUCGUAGGAGGAAGGACAAGAGAUCAGCAACAGCAUUACACUCCAAGCGUUGCGUUCGUAGGAAACAGAAAGUGGGGAAAGGCGCGCAGCUAUGGCCUAAGAAGCUCAUCUUCUGUGAUCAAUUGAAGGGAAAGGAUUAGCCCCGGGCAAGCAAACGUUGUUGGAGGCUCGUACAUAUGUACUGAUGAUCUGUAUGAAGAUGGACAGCAGCGGUAGUAUGAAGUCUUCGCAUGCCUUGGAUCUGUGCGGCGGCGGCCGGAUCGUCGAAAAUGUCCUCGGAGAGGCGCAUCACAGUGGAAGUGGACGGAACGUGAUUUUUUUUUUUUUCCAAACGAUCACUCAUAAAAAGAGGAUAGAGAA